GUUAUUGCAUUUAAGAAUGAACAUUGAAGACAAGCUGGGAGGAUUAUUUCUUAAAUGUGGUGGCAUAGACCAGAUGCAGUCAUCCAGGUCUAUGGUAGGGAUGGGUGCGGUAUCUGACCAGUCUGGAGUAUCGGGAGAACGGCAAGAGGCAGUGCUUCAAGAUCGGACUAUGGCGCACCAAGAAAUUCUUGCAACAGACGAAGUGUUACAGGAAAGUGAACUUCGACAGCAGGAGAUGAUUUCACAUGAUGAACUCAUGGUCCAUGAGGAGACGGUAAAAAAUGAUGAUGACAUGGAUACGCAAGAUAGACUUCCUCAAGGGCUGCAGUAUGCUGUUAAUGUCCCUAUCAGUGUAAAGCAAGAAAUUACCUUUACUGAUGCAUCUGAACAACAGAAACGAGACAAAAAACAAAUACGAGAGCCAGUAGAUUUGCAGAAAAAGAAGAAAAGAAAACAGCGUUCACCAGCAAAAAUCCUUACAAUAAAUGAGGAUGGAUCACUUGGUCUGAAAACCCACAAAUCUCAUGUUUGUGAGCAUUGCAAUGCUGCCUUUAGAACCAACUACCAUUUACAGAGACAUGUCUUCAUUCAUACAGAAAGUAAUGGGUUGACUUGUAGCCUAAAUGCCAAAAUUGACCCCUUUGUAAAAUGUGCUUCGGCUGCUUAUUUGCCUGAUGAGGUAUCUCUCUGGUUCGGAGAACUGAAAAAG